AUGAAGACAAAGAGACACAACAAACCACACUCGGCCUUCCCCAUGAUGAUAAUCCUUUCCUUGUGUUUGCCAACGGGUGGGAACCACACCAAUUACCCUCGGGUUAGAGAGGAGACCUGGAAUCCCAUCAGCCAAAACCUCAGUGGGAGCCAGAACACAACAGAAGCCAAUACAAAUUCUCCUUUGAGCAUCAAUAUCAGCAGCAAAACAACUACUUUUGAAGGGCAAAGUACCAUGCAACCCUUCUCCACAAGGGCCCAAAAUCCAACCUCUUCCCCUGCAGUUUCCACCACUGCAGGACCCAGGAAUAUCAGCAAACCCAGGAGUCCAAUGACCAAAGAGACAUGUGAAGACAGUAAGUCUCUCAUACUGAUCUGCUUCAUAAUCAUUGCAGUACUUGUGCUUGUCUGCACCUUCCUAUUUCUGUCCACAGUCAUCAUAGCCAACAAAAUGUCCUACCUCAAAAAAUCUCAGCAAGGGAAGCGCAGGCCCCGGAGCAACGGUGACCUUGUGGCCACCAGCAGCUUGUGGCCAACGGCAGCAGGAACGUGGCAGAGGAUGCCCAAGGAGACAACAGGAACUGAGCUGACAAUGCAAGAUUUGCUAUCAGGGAGGGACACCACAAACCGCAGGAAGACUGAAGAUGAAUCUACUGAGAAACUCACUAAAGCAAUAGAGAAUGAACAGGAAAGCAAAGAACCAUCACAGCCAAACAAACCAGUUUUAACCAAUUUUGUAGUUGAGAUUUAA